AUGCCAUUUGGAAUGAAUAAGUUGAAAAAUCUUCAAAUAUUGUCUAAUUUUAUUGUGGGCAAGGAUACAGGUUAUAAUUUGGAAGAUUUGAAGAGCUUAAAUUUUCUUCAAGAGCUUUACAUUUCAAAAUUACAAAAUGUGACAAAUCCAAAUCAAAUACGAGGGCAAAUACUAAGCAAUAAGAACAAUCUAAAAGUGUUGUUACUAGAAUGGGAAUAUGAAGAAAACUCACUAAAAGCAGAUGUAGAAACGGAGCUACUUGACAAGCUAAAGCCUCCUAGCAAUUUAAAAGAACUCACAAUCCGAGGCUAUGGUGGUGAAAGUUUUCAAUCUUGGUUAGGAGAUUUGUCAUGGCUCUCUAAUUUGGUGGUUCUUAAAUUAGAAGAAUGUGAGAGGUGCACGUCUUUGCCUUCACUUGAAAUGUUGAGCUCACUUGAAGACUUAACCAUUAAGGAGAUGACAAGUCUAAAAAGAAUAGAUUUUCAAACACCUUUCAAGUCAUUAGAAUUUCUUCAUUUUGAGGAUUUGAAAGAAUGGGAGCAUGGGGACGGUUGGAGAGGAAAUGAAAUUUUCCCUAAGCUGCGUGUGCUUUCUAUUGAAAAAUGUCCCCAACUUACUAGAAAAGUACCUGAUCGUCUUUCUUCAUUGGAAAGAUUUGUCAUUAAGGAUUGUCCAAAGUUGGUGGUCUCAUUCUCAAAUUAUUCAAUACAUUGCAAAUUAGAAAUUGAUGAUUGUGAAGGAAUGGUAUGUAAUGAUGGUUCAAUUGAUUUUAAGUUGCUAGAUUCUAGAUAUCUUGCAAAUAUUCCGGCGGUUGAAGAUAAAUUAAAGAAAGGUUCUCAAAAAGUGGAUCUUUUACAGAUUGUUUGCAAUGAAGAGAUUAUGAAAUCAUGA